AUCGAGUCACAUUCCAUUGCAGAGCAAGCUCUUCUCUCCCAACCAAAAAUAAUUAAACAUGCUGCCCUUAAUUCAACUACCCUGCAGCUCUUGCUUUAGCUGUUCUCUAGGAAACCCAAAUCGCAGCAUCAAGAGCUCCAGGCACAAGCAGCAGCAGCAGAAGCAGCAGAAGCUGGUGGUGCCAAUUACAGACGACCGUGCUCAUGGUGAGAUCAGAAACAUGCUCUGCGAUGCCAGGAGCUCGUCGGAGUUGAUGCUGGCGAUCGACUGCGUUCAGAAGUUGGACGUCGAGCACCAUUUCGAGGAAGAGAUUGUAGCUGCGCUGGAAUCGUUGUACAGGGAGAGCUACGCAGAUCAGCUUCACCGGAGAGUGAAUACUCUGCAUGAAGCUGCCCUUUUGUUCCGUUUACUUCGACAGACUCGAUACCCUGUGUCAUCAGAUAUUUUUCUCAGGUUUACAGAUCACAAACGUGGUGAGUUCAUGCCAUCUCUCACAGGAGGAAGCCAUGGAAUUGUGAGCUUACUCGAAGCAUCCUACUUGAACACCGGCGAGGGCAUUCUUUAUGAAGCCAAUAGAUUUGCUACUCACCACCUCAAUUCUUCGAUGCCACACUUUGCACCUCAUUUUGCCAAAUUUAUCCGUCAAACUUUAGCUCAUCCUUAUCAUGUGAGCUUGCAGAGCUACAGAGCUAGGCGAUUUCUGGUUAGCCUUGGAGGAGGGGAACAGGGAAGGAGGAAAAUAGUUGAGGAAUUUGCAAGGAGGGAUUUCAAGGAGGUUCAAUUGCUACACCUUCAAGAAUUGGAGCAAGUCACAAGUUGGUGGGAGACUCUCGGUCUGGCGCGGGAACUAAAGUUUGCUCGAGAUCAACCGUCGAAAUGGUACACGUGGUCGAUGACGGUUCUUUCAAACCCUAAGUUCUCGAGCUAUCGAGUUGCGCUUACGAAAGUCAUUGCAUUUGUCUACCUCAUUGACGAUAUUUUCGAUGUGUAUGGAUCGUUGGAUGAACUCAAACUCUUCGUCAAAGCUAUGAAUAAAUGGGAGUUAUCGGCGAAUAUCGAUCCACUUCCAAUUUGUAUGAAAAUAACCUACACCGCAUUGUUUGAGACGACAAAUGAGAUUGCACAAAUGAUAUACAAGGAACAUGGGUGGAAUCCAAUGGACUCUUUGAAAAAUGCGUGGAUAGAACUAUGCAACGCAUUUUUGGUGGAAGCCAAAUGGUUCGAGCAAAGUCAAGUCCCGACGAGCCAUGACUAUUUCAAAAAUGGCAUAUUUAGCUGUGGUGUGCCAGUCGUAUUGAUACACAUAUACUUCCUAUUAGGCCAAGCUAUAACACAUGAGAAUGUGAGUUAUUUGGAGACUUACCCCAAUCUAAUAUCUUGCCCAGCAACAAUUCUUCGACUUUGGGAUGACUUGGGAAGUGCUAAGGAUGAAGAACAAGAUGGAAAAGAUGGCUCAUUCUUAGAGUGCUUCAUGAAGGAGAACCCACAUUGCUCAUUUGAAGUCGCAAAGGAAGAAGUGAUGAGACUGAUUACUAAAGCAUGGGAGGAGCUAAAUAAAGAAAGCUUUAGCUCAUCGACCAAAUUUUCUCGAGAUUUUGUGAAAUGUUGUUUAAACACUGCGAGGAUGGUUAGGGUAAUGUAUAGUUAUAACGAGAAGCAUAAGCUUCCUAUGUUUGAGGACUACGUGAACUUGUUACUCAUUGAAAAUUUUUAAUCAUGUUUACU